GGACCUAAAACAGUCCCGCCCACUGGUGGAUAACUUCUGUGUUAAACACAGCUGCAAGCCACUCAGUGGGAGGUCAUCCACUGAAGGAGACACGCGGGACGGCUGUGAUUUGGGUACUACAGUGGAGAUGCUGUAAUCCGGAGACAAGCGCUCUCAGAAACUUUCUCACUGUAAAAGCGUCCACGAUGUGGAAACCUGUGUGGGUAUCAAAAGGCCUCCUCGGCUCCGCGGGACCUCGCGCUGCUGCCGCCGCGGUCACCUGUCUGCUGGUGACCGGGAUGCUGGUAGUGACUGGCGGACACCCAAACUGCAGAGUCCCAGAGGAGCUUCCAGCCGCGGGUACGAGCGGAAAAGUUUUCUCAGCAUAUUUCAGCAAACUGACCCGGGAGAGAAGAGCGGUGAGCGGCCCCCCGCGGAGCAGCGAUCCAACCGGUCCGGUGGAGCGUCUCUCCCCGGCUGAUCUGUUCAUAGCGGUAAAAACCACCGGCAGGUAUCACCGGCAGAGACUGGAGCUUCUUUUGGACACCUGGAUAUCCAGGAACAUGCCACAGACAUACGUGUUCACUGAUGGGGAGGAUGAGAAGCUGAGGAAAAGAAUAGGAGCUCACCUGAUCAACACAAACUGCUCGCAGGCACACAAUCGUCAGGCGCUGUCCUGUAAAAUGUCUCUGGAGUAUGACGCUUUUAUCAGCUCUGGGAAGAAGUGGUUCUGUCACGUUGAUGAUGAUAACUACCUGAACACAGGCUCCCUGCUGAAACUCUUGUCUCAGUACAGCCACACACAGGACGUUUACAUUGGGCGGCCCAGCCUCGAGCGACCGAUAGAGGCCACGGAGAGGCCCGGCACUGACGAAAUGAAGCAAGUGCGUUUCUGGUUUGCCACCGGAGGAGCAGGUUUCUGUCUGAGCCGUGGCCUCUCCCUGAAGAUGAAACCUUGGGCGAGCGAUGGCACUUUCAUGACCACAGCUGAGCACAUCCGCCUCCCUGAUGACUGCACGGUUGGUUACAUCGUGGAGGCGCUGCUCGGCGUGAGCCUCAUCCGCUCAGGGCUGUUUCACUCCCACCUGGAGAAUCUGGGACUGGUGUCAGACAUACACAACCAGGUCACUCUCAGCUAUGGCACAGUGGACAACAGCAGGAACACUGUUAACGUGAAAGGCCCGUUUACUAUAGAAGAAGAUCCCACCAGAUUUAGGUCUGUCCAUUGUCUGCUGUACCCAGACACUCCUUGGUGCCCCGGCCCCUGGCGACUUUAACACCCAUCUAGAGACAAAAGAGGGAGGAAGGGAUGGACCGAUGGGGGAGAAAACGUAAAUAUCUGCCGAGUCCUGCCGCUCCCGACUCCGGAGAAUGUCUCGAGGCAGUUGGGAGAUUUGUGUUUGCCUCUCUACAAGUCAACUAGAAGACAGGCUUUUUAGGACACUUGAACUCUGACCCAGUGUGUAAAAGUCACGUGUCUUUUACGUGGAAAACUGAUGGAGAUUGACUUUUUUUUUUUUUUUUUUUGCUAAGCUGUACUAACUGACGGCUUAUUGUGCCUUCAUACUCGCAAUGCUGACCCCGACACUAUGAAUUUUAUUUAUCUGACUCUGCAGUAAUGCAAAAGGCCUUCAAAAUGUCAAAGUCAAAGAUGCUUUUCUCCUUCAAGCAGGGCUUUUUAAAGUCUGUAUGUUGGUCUGACUACAUGGAUUUAUAACACAUUUUAUGAUCAUAAGAUCGCAUUCAUCCUCUGAGAACAGGGAAUGCCAACGCCAGCUUACUCAUAGCAAACUCUCAGAUAUUUUAGUUUCAAGUUUAUCAGGCCUGGAGCGAUGAUUCAGGCACGCACCUCAAGGCCUGAACUUUUGCCGACAUAACCCAGGGAAGCUGCAGUCAGAUCGGCUGAUCCUUAGCAUGCCGGUUCACGAACACGAGAGUCUGGGUGAUGUGUGAUUGCGCCUGUGGAAGAAUGCCGAGCAGGUAUUAGUCUAUUGAAGUCACGAUGAGUCAUGGGUGCUGCCUUCUGCACGCUCUGAGGCGGAUUUUCUCCUGCUGCGUGCUACACGAGAAAGGGCAAAUUUGGACAAUGUGUCGAUCUGAUUUCACCAGUGUUAUCUGGAUUUUGUGUGCAAGAUAUGACACAGUCUGAAAGUAGAGAGAUGCUCAGUACCAGUAGCGCCGCUCCAUUAGGACUUUUAUAGAAUUGGCCUCACUUGGAUCUAAACUGCUGCAUAGUGUAGCCUGUCCUGCUUUCCUUUGAGCAUCCUCUCUUCUUUCAAGAGACUUUUUUUUUUUUUUUUUUUACAGCAGAGAAUGUAUAUCACUGUAUUUCCCCAUCAUGAAGGAAAAAAAAAAUGCGUGUCCAUAGUUUUUUUUUACCAUCAGUGUUUAAUAUAAACCCCAUUCUUGGGUGUAUAUAUUUUAGAACUUCACGUUUUUCUCUUAUUUUUGCUGUUUGUUCUUUUUAGUCUUUUAAUCAAAUGACAAACUGCAGUCUGACAUUUUGGGGAAAUGACUUUCUUCUCUUGUUUGUGCCUGGCUACUCUGUCGUAUGAUGUAAUGUCAGUCUUCUCAUUUAAUUCUCCAAGAAAACAAUCAGAUUCCCCAAAAUGUCAAACUGUCCUUUACAAAAACUUCUUUGUAAAGGUUGUUAUUGAUGCAAAUGGAAGGAACAUGACUGCACUGCUUCGAAAAUGUUUUUGUUUUUGAGCACUGACUCAUGUUGAGUCGUCUUGAUGUCUUUCUGUGUGUUGAAGGAAGUUUGUGCAAUUUAAAGUCCACCCCCGCCCCUCCCCACGUGAAUGUGUAUAUAUGAUAACUGUUGCUCCUGAAGCAGAAAGGCUCUCUCCAGUAUCUGGACUGUAUGGUUAUAAUUAAAGUGUUUUAUCAAUCA